AUGCCCUACGUUCCCAAGAGCCAGCGCGGGAAGGGUGAGGAAGGCCCCCAGACGCCAAGGGAGGGGCAGGACCUGGUGGCUGGCCUGGUCCCUGUGGUUGCGGCGGAGGCGAUGGCCACUGCCGCCACCUGUGACGUGCUCCAGGCCCCGUGCAAGGAGGCACAGCGGGGGGAGCAGGAGGAGGCCAGAGCCACCGCCUCUUUCUCCCUCCCCACUGCAGUGCUGCCCCCCACCCCAAGGGAGGAGCCUGUUGCUUGGGCACCACCCUGCCUUGGUCUUCAGAGCCCUUGCCUUCCCCGCACCGGCUUGGCACCAUCCUGCCUUGGUCCUCAGAGCGCUUGUCUUCCCCGCACCGGCUUGGCACCCUCCUGCCUUGGUCCUCAGAGCGCUUGCCUUCCCCGCACCGGCUUGGCACCCUCCUGCCUUGGUCCUCAGAGCGCUUGCCUUCCCCGCACCGGCUUGGUCUGUGCUCCGUGGAACCAAGUCAAUCAGGGCACCAGAAGCUUCGUGGCGAUUCCUCGUCUGUUCCCCUGGGCCGACCGGGUAGACCCCAAAUCCUUGCUGGAAGAUGGCCUGGCCCUGGUGCCCUUCCUGCUCCGCAAGUACCACCUGAAGGAGCCAACCAGCAGAGGGGAGCUUCUGAACCUUGUCAGCAGAGAGCACCAGGAGUUCUUCCCUAUGAUCUUCAAGACGGCCUGUGAGUGCAUGCUGCUGGUCUUUGGCAUUGAGCUGAAGGAAGUGGCGCCCGGCGAAGACGCCUACGUGCUGGCCACGUCCCUGGGGCUCACGUAUGAUGGGCUGCUGAGUGAUGUCCAGGGCGUGCCCAAGACUGGCUUCCUGAUCAUGGUCCUGUGCAUUGUCUUCAGGGAGGGCAACCACGUCUCUGACGAGGUGCUCUGGGAGGCGCUGAGUAAGAUGGGGGUGUGUCCGGGCAGGGAGCACUACACCUACGGGGACCCCAGGAAGCUUGUGGAAGAUUUUGUGCAGGAGCAGUACCUGGAGUACCGGCACGUGCCCAACAGCGAUCCCGCUCGCUAUGUGUACCAGUGGGGCCCGAGGGCCCUGGCAGAAACCAGCAAGAUGAAGGUGCUGGAGCAGUGGGUGAAUUUCAGCGGGCGCGAUCCCAGCUCCUUCUCAUCCCUGUACAAAGAGGCUCUGAGGAAGGAGAGAGAGGCCACCCAGCAAUGA